AUGGCGCCGGGAGAUUCAGUUGUGUCUCACAUCUCAAAAAUACAAAACAUGGCAGCUCAGUUGCUAGAUCUUGGAGAAUCAGUAUCAAAUCUGACAAUCAUGGCAAAAAUCUUGGCUAGCUUGUCAAGUAAAUACAGCACGUUAAACGACGAAGGAACAAGUGCAUUUGCUGCCACUGGGCAGAAGGACAAAAAGUCGUCUUCACAGAAAAGUGAGAAAAACAAAAAAGGCGGUAAAUCGCGAAAUGACAUCGAGUGUUUUGAAUGUCAUAAAAUGGGGCAUUUAGCGAGUCAGUGCGAAAAAAAUAAGCGCGGGCCGGACGACAAUACAAAUGACGAGUCACGUGAUUGUGCUUUCAUCGCGGAAAGAAAAACUACCGGGUGGGAGAAGCCAAGCACUGCGCAAGUCAAAGCGUUACUGGAGCGAGACGAAAGUGAAGUAUAG